AACGCACUAAACCCUAACUCUGCUAAACCUUCUUUUGUUCACGAUUUCUCAAAUUUCGCUCUCUGUAAGCCAGCAAAAGCAAUUAUGAAGACAAGCUACAAGCGGCUGAAAGGAAGCGAGAGUUUUCGGCAAAGGCUGGUGUUAGCAACACUCUCGGCUACUCCGAUUGUCAUCGAAGACAUUCGCGCCGACGAAACAUGGCCAGGACUCCGCCCUCACGAGGUCUCUCUCCUCCGUCUCCUUGAGCGAGUCUCCGAUGACUGCGUUGUUGAAAUUAACGAAACCGGCACGAAAUUGAGGUACAAGCCUGGGAUCAUAAUGGGAGGUAGAAAUAUGGUGCACGAUUGCGGAGUUAGCCGGUCCAUUGGCUACUUUAUGGAGCCGUUGAUUUUGGUGAGCUUGUUUGGCAAGAAACCUGUUACGAUUAGGCUUAAAGGAAUUACAAAUGAUUCCAAAGAUCCAUGUGUUGAUACAUUCCGUUCAACUACUUUGCCCCUGUUAAAGCAAUUUGGAGUCCCUUCGGAAGGAUUAGAACUGAAAAUUGAGAGUCGUGGUGUUCCACCUCGUGGUGGUGGUGAAGUACUUUUGUCAAUUCCCACUGUGCAAAGUCUAACUGCCGUAUCUUGGAUUGAUGAAGGAAUGGUUAAGAGGAUCAGGGGAGUUAGCUUUUCAACUAGAGUGUCUGUUCAGUUUGAAAAUACUAUGAUUUAUGCAGCUCGUGGCAUCUUCAAUCGCUUGCUUCCAGAUGUUCAUAUAUUUACUGAUCACAAAGCUGGUCCGCAGGCUGGAAACUCGCCUGGUUAUGGCAUUUCACUUGUUGCGGAAACGACUUCUGGUUGCUUCAUCUCCAUGGAUACUGCAGUUUCUUAUGCUAGAGGAGAGGAAACUGGUGAAAUUGAAGAGGAUGAGAAGAAAGAGCUGAUGCCACCAGGUGAUUUAGGGGUGCAAAUUGCUUCAAUGCUCCUUGAAGAGAUUGAGCAAAGGGGAGUGGUGGAUUCAACACACCAGGGUUUAUUAUUUCUUCUAUGUGCACUAUGCCCUCAAGAUGUUUCAAAGGUUCGUGUGGGAAAGCUCUCUCCAUAUGGAAUCGAAACACUUAGAAACAUCAGAGAUUUCCUAGAUGUUAAAUUUGUUAUCAAGCCGGAUCCAUCAAGUGAGACAGUUAUACUUAAAUGUCUUGGAUGUGGAUUACAGAACCUAUCUAGAAAGAUAUUGUGAUUAGGACAUCUAGAAGUUCAAGUUAUGGUGGCUUAUAUGAACAGAUGGGCCUUUUGUUCAAGUUAUCAUACAAAGGACUGUAUGGCAUCAGCAAGGGAGAUACAGAUACUCUGGUCUCAUAUCUGCCUAGUUGACUCAAAAUUUUGGUAUGACUGACUACUCUAAUCUAUGGUGAUAUGUGAGAUUCAUCGAACCUGUCGUGAUUUUUAACGCCCGUUCACCUUUUCUUAUAAUGUUGAUGAGGAUCUGUCUUUUUUAGAGUUUGCAGUUUCAGAAUCAGGGAUGUAGCAUCCCAUUGAGCAAUUGAGAUGCUAUGAGGUGUUACUGUUAAGAGGUUUGUUAAUCCCUGCUCAUUCACUGCAUUGGUUGCAUGUAUUAAGUAAUACAGGUGAUAUGGUAAGCAUGAUGUUUUGUAUCCUAGAUCACCACUUAAUUUAAUAAAUUCAAAUUUUCUAGGAAA